AGUGAGUAACACAAUGGCGAUAUGUCUUUCAAUUUCAUCCAAGACACCCGUCAGUCGUUUACUCAUGACAAGCACUGAUGAACCGAACUCCCGUGCCUUAAUUAUGCGAUCUGCUGUGAAAGGUUAAAGCCGUUUCCUUUUCGGCAUAAUAGUACUAUGAGGUACGAUGAGGUUUAUUAGUGUCUUCAAAAGAUCUUGGUAAAUCGACUUUUAUAUAUUCCCUUGGAACUGACAGUGGCAUUCGGCUCUAAACAGUGAGGUAAACCAAAGAAACCAGGGUUUGAUAUAUUGUGCAAAUCCCUACCCACGGCCGAGGGGAUGAUCAUGACUUGUAGGUCGGUGGCAUCAUGAAUCUCCUAUGAGUCUUGAUUCGCUUGUCCUGGAUAGGAGAAUAGAGCACUGGCAGGUCAGGCAUCAAUGCCAUUCAAGUACAGUUUUGCAACAGUUUCUUAAAGGCUCUUAUCCGACAUUGAUUGGACUACGGAGAAUAGCUUCUUUCUAUGAAUGCUGCGUCUUUACCAUAUCCUACCUACUUACCUACUUACCUGUGCAGCCUUCGUGCCUACUAACUGUAUGAGUUCCCGUCGAGUUUCAUCGAAGCUGAGACGAGACCAAUCGCCCCUUCUAGGCUCACCCACUCGGCCCCACUUCACAGCCCAAAAGUUUCUUAUCGUGACCUCUUAUCAUAUUGCUCCAGGAAAAAAAUAUUCCAAGACUUAGAACAAACACUCGAACCUUGAGGUACCGCGGAUAAAUCUCAAGCGCACGCCUCCACCACUGUCGCAAUGGGUGUCACACGAACAAAGACCAUCAAGAACAAGCACGCCGCUGCUCCUGGUGUUGCAAAAACUUCCAAACGCUCCGCCACCGAUGGCAUUGCUAAGUCCAAGAAGUCAAAGGGCCCCACGCUGAGCAAGCAGGUCAAAGACAAGGGUCGCGAGGCGCUUCUGCAAAAGUUCAAGAACCCUAAGAAGAAGAAGUAUACGGACCAACAGCUUGGGAUUCCCGAACUCAACACUGUCACGCCCGUAGGCGUUAUCAAACCUCGUGGGAAGAAGAAAGGCAAGGUUUUUGCUGAUGAUCAGGAAAGUAUGAGUACUAUCAUGGCGCUUGUCCAAGCGGAGAAGGAUGGUCUGAUCGAGUCCAAGAUGAUCAAACAACGUCAGAUGGAAGAAAUUCGCGAAGCGCGCAAGGCCGAGGCCGAGAAGAAAGAACAAGAAAAGCAGUCGAAACUUGAGGAUACCAAAGACUCUCUCCGAAAGAGAAGAAAGCGCAAGAGCACGGGUAACGAAGAGGACAAUAUCAAGGAGUUCACUACCAGCGGUAGCAAGGGGACAAAAGCAAAGAGCAAGAAGCGAGUAUCUUUCGCCUAGGCCCUCGACCGAUAAUAUGGCAAAAGUUUUCGGAGUUUUUACAUUGUUUGGCGCAUGGAGUUUGAUAGAUACUGAAGUCAUACCAUGAUUUCUCGUGGUUUCUGGAGGUUCAGCGGUACAAAAGCACAAGACUGAAUUCGAACCAUGGUUGUCUGCGGAUGCAGAUCCCCUCAUCUAGAUGGAAUGAUAGAAUUCAUUUUCAGCUCUUAGCUAUGAACAUUCUGUGUCAUAUCUAUGAUAUAUAAACGCGCUUCUAUAAAUGUCUAUACUGUG